AUGGAGCCUUCCAAGCAGACGCACUACGGCCCCAGCGAGAAGAAAGACUGCGGGGAAUGCGGCUCCGUGCUCAACGGACACUUUGACGGGAAGGCGAAGCGGCCGGCCGCCGGUGCCGGUGCCGGUGCCGGUGCCGGCGCUGCUCCGCCGGGCGCGGAGUCCGGCGCGCACAGAGCGACCUCCUCGCAGAUGGAGAGCUGGAAGGAGGAGCGCACGCGCAGCGUGGAGGACAACGAGAUGAGCCUGCCGUCGCUGGCCGCAGCCUACAGCACCAUCCUGCGCGGACUGGGCGAGGACCCGCAGCGCCAGGGGCUCCUCAAGACCCCGUGGAGAGCGGCCACCGCCAUGCAGUUCUUCACCAAGGGCUACCAGGAGAAAAUUAUCGACGUGCUGAACGACGCCAUCUUCGACGAGGACCACGACGAGAUGGUGAUCGUCAAAGACAUCGACAUGUUCUCCAUGUGCGAACACCACCUGGUGCCCAUCUUCGGCAGGGUUCACAUCGGCUACCUGCCCAACAAGAGGGUUCUGGGUCUCAGUAAACUGGCCAGGAUCGUUGAAAUCUACAGCCGUCGGCUACAAGUCCAGGAGAGGUUGACCAAACAAAUUGCCGUGGCGAUCACCGAGGCCCUGCGUCCCACCGGAGUGGGCGUGGUCAUCGAGGCCACUCACAUGUGUAUGGUGAUGCGGGGCGUUCAGAAGAUGAACAGUAAGACUGUGACCAGCACCAUGUUGGGCGUUUUCAGGGAGGAUCCAAAAACACGCGACGAGUUUCUGACGCUGAUCAGGAGCUGAGGAUGAAGGUCCUCCUCCUCCUCCUCCUCCUGUUGCCUGGGGUUACCUCCGCCCACGUGAACCAGCUGACCAGCUGUCGUGUGUGUGUGUGUGUGUGUGUGUGUGUGUGUGUGUGUGUGUGUGUGUGUGUGUGUGUGUGUGUACACACUUGCGGUUACAUCGAAUUGGGGCCCAAAGAACCCGUUUUCCUACCAAAGUGGGGACCUGUGGCCACUUGUGGGGCCCUUUGGCUGGGCCCUACAACUUUGAAGGCCUGUUUGAGGGUCAAGAUGCGAUUUUAGGGUUGAGGUUAGAAUUGAGUUUUGGUUUGCAUUAGAGCAAGGGUUAGACAUCUGCCUUAGUUGUGAUGGUUAGGGGCUAGAGGAGGCAUUAUGUGAAUGGGGAGACCCCACUUUGAUGUAACUGCACGGGUGUGUGUACGUGUUUCCAUCCCACCAAAGGCAGUGAUAUGGUGUUUACUUAGUUUUCAGUCAUUUUAUUCAUCCGUUAAGGUGAAACAGUACCUGGCUGAUUUCUGCCCCUGGAGAUUAUUAGAGGCUGUUGAACAACGUGUUUGCUUUUGCAUGACAGGACAGACGUUGUCCCUCAUAUCUUCGAGGUCAAUGACUUAUUUAAACAUUUGAUUAAUGAGUAGCAGGCUUACAUAAAGGAUCAAACAAAACCAUCAAUGACCCAGAUGAAGAUCUCUCCUUCACCUGACCUUUUCCCCUGUGGCUUUAGUGGGUAUUUUCUUAUGUGUCACAACAUCCUGUAAUUUGAUUUUUAGCACUAGCUGAAUGUCAGAUCCCAGAAUGCAGCCCCAAAGUCAGCAGAGGACAGUGGAAUCAAAACCUGAACCAAGGGGCUCCCAAAGAUCCUCUGUCAGAGGAGAGGUCUCACAUCUUUAUCAACAGAAAAUCCCAUUUAUUUAGCCUUUUUUGAUCCCCUGUCUAAAAUCUGUUUUUCAAUGGUUUGACACUAACUGUCUUAAGGUUCGUCCUCAGAUGUGUAGAUAAGGGGCUAAACGCAGACUGAAGAGAAGAGGCUGCCUCUGACCGGAUUCAUUUGGACAUUUUAUUGUUCCAGUGAAGGUUCUCAUGUUUGUGCCAACACGCCUCUCAGCUAAAACCAAAAACUACCAUGUGGUGACGUUGUGACACUCACCACAGCUGGAAACCAACACAACCGCAGUUUCCACAGGAGGUUAAUGAAAAGUGCAUGUUAGAGGAUUAUUUUUUUAAAUUCUUGUGGCAUAUUUUUGCAUUUCAAUGUAUCAUAAUGUCCCCGGACACGUAUUGGGAGUUUUUAACUGGUGCAAUGUGGUGACUGAAGUGUAUUUGUGUAUGUGUGAUGGAGGAGUGAUGAGUGCUAACAGCUGUGAUGUUGUUCUUGUGGCCUUGUUGAGAAGGAGCCUGUUCUUUGGCCUCUUCACCAUCAUUGUCACUUUACGUACUGUGUCCAUUUCAAAGACUUUUUAUUCAAAUAAAAAUAUAUGGCAGCAGUUA